GAAAUAACAAAACUGGAGCAGGAGAGGCUUCACACAUCACUCAACACAUGGCUUCAAGACUGUCUAACAGCUUCACACGGGUCGGCACUGACACUCAAAGCUUGUUUGCACCCUGACUAUACUUUACAGGAGGUGGGUUUAAACACAGAGAAAAGUUUUGACCCAGAGAAGAAGACAGAUACCGGAAAUAACCAGGUUUAGGAAGAAGUCAACGACACGACGGCGGAGUUCAUGGUCUUAAAGGACUCCUCCUCCCGUGUGAUGAAAGACAUGGACAUAUUCAACGGUACCUCUGAGCCAGGAGGACCGUCAGACUUUGACCUCAUUGAGGAAAUCAUCACAGAGGAGCGGUCCCGUGCCUUCCCUGGAAUUUCUACCCCUCCUGACCUCAUUGAGGAAAUCAUCACGGAGGAGCGGAUACGUACCUCCCUCCCCGGACCUCCUCCUCCUCCUGCUGACCUCUGCCAGCCGCACAACCAGAACCAAAGGAUGCUCCAACCGAGCUCCUCACCGCCACCUCAGCCCGUGCUGGUGGCGAGAGGCACUGCACAUCAGCCAGUCUGCACCUUCCCUCAGCCCCAGCAGCCGUUGUGCACGCCCAGAGAGAUGGCUCAUCCUUCCCGGGGACCAAUCACACCAGCUGGUUCCUCUCGCCGUGGUCGGGGCUCCUUGUGUUCGCCUAUCUCUAAGAGCUCCAGUGGUGUUUCCUCUCAGAACCGCGUAGGCGACUCCGACAUGCUGGAGCGGAUUCUGAAUAAGCCCAAGCUGGUGAUAGUGGAGGAGCCCAAGGAGAGAGGCAUGAGGUUUCGCUAUGAGUGUGAGGGACGCUCGGCUGGCAGCAUCUUGGGAGCAUCCAGCACUGAAACCAACAAGAGUCAGCCUGCGAUCGAGAUUCAAGGUCCCAUUGACCAUUUAAAGAAGGCCAAGGUCACCAUUUCCUUGGUCACCAAAGACCCGCCGCACCGGCCUCACCCGCACUGCCUCGUGGGUAAGGACUGCCCCAACGGUUCAGGAAUCUGCGUGGUGACGCUCAAUCCUCACAGCAACCGACGUCACAGCUUUGCUAAUCUUGGUAUCCAGUGUGUGAGGAGGAAAGAGCUGGAUGUUUCACUCCAGAAGAGGAGAAACCAGAAUAUCGACCCCUUUCAAACUGGUCACUCAAAGGGCAUCGAAGACAUGGACAUGAAUUCUGUGCGUCUGUGCUUUCAGUGUGAGCUUGAAUGGGAGGACGGCAGAAAGGACAUUCUCAACCCAGUGGUGUCCAACCCCAUCUAUGACAAGAAGGCUACGACGACAUCGCAGCUGAAGAUCGGCCGCUUUAACCAGUACAGAGGUUCCUGCAUCGGCAAGACGGAGAUCUACAUGUUGUGUGACAAGGUGCAGAAAGACGACAUAGAGAUCAUCUUCAGACGAGGGUCGUGGAAGGCAAACGGGGAGUUUGCCCAGACAGAUGUGCACCGGCAGAUUGCCAUCGUGUUCAAGACUCCGCCCUACCAGGACCAGGACAUCACAGAGGAGGUUGAGGUCAACGUGGUCCUGCGCCGCCUCUCAGACCAAAUGGAGAGCGAGUCUGUUACCUUCACGUACCUGCCACACAACCCAGAUCCAUAUGAGGUGAAGAGGAAGAGAAAGAUCAAGUCAGACAUCAGCUUCAGAGACAAACCCUGUGUGACAGCAGAAAGUGCUCUCCCAGCGGAGCAGCCCUUCCACUUCCCGCAGCCUCAAACCAUAAUGUCUCCAGACGAGAGGCUUUGUCCUCCCCAGCCUGGGGCCUCCACCUUAGGAGAAAUGUGUUAUAACGAUCCCCAGGACUACAACGCCACUGAUGUGGCCAUCCUUAAUCAGUUGCUAGAAAUGCCUGGAGUACUGGACAUGCUUUCCGACCCAAGCUUUGCCUUGCCCGUGCCCUCUGGCUUCGAGCAGGUGCCCGACGCCAACUCCACGUUCACAAACAUGGACAUGAACUUAAACCAGAACUUUGGCACGUACCCUCAGAACUUUUCCGUGUACAACGACGUGCAGUUCAACAUGCUCGUGAACGAGAACCAGACUCUGCAGUCGGAGGCACAGGACAGCCACUCCAACAUGGUUCAGGUGAAGACGGAAGAGGAGCUAUGAGGAGGGGGGGUGAAAGUGCCCUCACACACUCUCUCUGUGUACACGAGAAUAAUUGGACAUUAUAGAAAAUGCACUUACUUGCUUUCUUACAGAGAGUUCUCACCUAACUCUCUGCAAGAAAGACCUUGCUGGUCAAGGCUUUAGCAACCAGGAGCAGGUUAACAUUCCUACAUUAAUGCUGCAGGCAUUAAGUGUCAGAAGACGGUGAUUUAAAAGAGCUUAAAAAGAAAAAUCAUCAGCGUCUAUGUGUGGGAACAAUAGAAACCCUUCCAUGUGUUGAAUGAUUGAUGACGUAAGACACUGUAAUGCAGUGUUCAUGGUCAACACCUGUUUUGUGAUGUUAGUCUAAGAUCUGUUUUCUUCCUGCUAGAGGUUGACGUAGUUGUAAAACACAAAGUCUUGAGCGCAUCAUUUUCAGAUUUCACAUUGUUCUUGUCUGUUAUUACUCUUCUGUUGAUGUUGCCGUCACACCCACCUCCCUCUUUACUAUUUAAUCUACUCAAUGCAAUAGAAACCAGGCCUGCUCUUAUUUAUAGCUCUGUUGUAUCAGUUCCCAUUGUUCUGCAGUUUCACUCUCAUGCUAAACAUUCAAAUUUCCUCCCACAGCUUGUCACAAGUCUAACUCCGCCCCCCCCGGCUGUAUCAUCGUAGUGUCAGUAUUUCAGAAAAGAAGCAAUAAAAUGUCAGUCUGUGUUAUUUUUGUCUCGUCGUUACUUCCUCUGAAACUGACUUCUGCCUUUGUGGUGAUUUGUCAGAAGACACAAAAGACAGUGGAGCAACAAAAGGGAUGAGAACGCUUUAACAUGACCUUCAGCCACCUGCCUACACACAUUCCUAACCUGCUUGCUCACUCGUAAAAAACAAUAAAUCUUGGCAACAAAAACAAGUAGAUGGUUUUAUGCUUUUCACAUCUGUCAGCUGUGUCAUAAGACAAUGUUGAAUGACAUGCUUGCUUCAAGAAAUUUCGAAAGAAACGCUCAGGUGGGAGGUAUCCUUUGUUGCUCAUGGUUAUCAGACACCUUUGAUUUAGUGGUAGUGUCUUAACUUCUUCAGUGGCUGUCACAUUUCACAGUAAUAAGGCUGAACAAAUCUGUUCCUGCUUCCAGUUUGUGGUUUCUGCUGAGUCUUUUGUAAUGCUGCAUGCUUACUGGGAAACUUUUAACAUUACUUCAGGAUUUUUCAUAGAUUGACACAGAUUGGGAAAUAAACACCACUGUUACACAA